AAUGGGUGGUGGGGUAUCAAAGAGCUGGCUGGAAUGCACAAUUCAACUUGAGCUCUUUGGAUGGACGUGCGAUGGCGUGCUCAACUUUGCUCGUUUAGUGGUUUUUUCCGAAUGCGAUCCGGUUGUUUAUGGUGAGAGAAUUGGCUUUCAGAGCAGUCUGGUGGUGUCUACUGUCUACCUUAGCCCUCACUGUGGUGGUGCGAUCCCGCGCAAGAAUUCCAUGCGCUAUGACACCCCUCCCAUCAGAUGAGAAAUUCUGCCCCGCCAUCGGUCAGAAACCCCCACCAUCCUCAACAUCAGACGCAGAAUCCUAUCGAAUUUGUCAAGGGAAUCAUGCCUUUCCAUGCCUGUAUCGGAGUUUGGAUGGACAGUUCAUCAGAUCGUCGCGACGACAAGGAAUGUCCUUUCAGGCGAGUUGAUUGAACAGUGAGUGUGCUGCUACUCUGCUGCUCUGCUGCCAAUGCCUGCCCAGACAAACGAAAUGUGUCCGAGAGACGAUACUUUCGCAA